ACACAUCAGAGAAAAUAACAAAUUCUCGAGAUUAAAGUGAAUCCAAAAAGGUCCCACUCAAAUAUUUGAAAUUUUCAUUUUAUCAUUCACUGCCCCCAUUGCUUGGCCAUUACUUUUGUAAUUGGUCAUCUCUCCUGGUUCCACCCAACCAAUUUAUGUUUCUAUUAAAAGUGAAGAUCAAACACGCUGAACUAGUUGGGGGAUAAUUUAUUUUCAGAAAGGGAAAAGAGUUUAAGCAGAUAUUGAGAAGGUUGAGCAAUAAAAGGCUAUUAAGGAGUGAGAAUGUGAGAUGAUGAUGAUCAUUUGAAAGAAGUACGUGUGAACUCAAGAACGUGACGGUUAGAUUUUGAUGGCGGCGAUUGAGGAGGUUGCCAAUUCCACACGGCUCGCGGUAGAUGAGGCCAAAGCAGCUGCUGGUGGUGAUGAACAAUUGGAAUAUGACAUGAUGGAGAAGGGUUUGGGAACAUUUGGCUGCGCGGAGUUCAUGCAAUGCAUCCUUGUAUCCUUAGCAAUGUUUUUUGAUGCACAACAAUCAUUCAUAAGCAUCUACACUGAUGACUACCCAUCAUGGCACUGCACUGAUUUCACCACAUGCAGCCCAGGUUCCAACAUCUGCAACAUCCCAAAAUCUUCAUGGUCUUGGGAUGGACCAAUUCACAAGACAGUGGUAUCCCAAUGGGGCCUUGAAUGUGCAAGUGACUUUGUCAUAGGUUUACCCCAAUCUUGCUUCUUCAUUGGUUGCCUCCUUGGUUCAUUUCUCUUAGCAACAUUAGCUGAUACAUCUCUUGGAAGAAAGAACAUGCUCAUUCUGUCUUGUUUAGCAAUGUCAGUAACUUCAAUCAUCAUUGUCUUCUCCACCAAUGUUUGGAUUUACUCAGCUUUCAAAUUCUUGAUUGGGUUUUGGCGUUCGACGAUCGGAACAUGUGUUCUGGUUUUACUGACAGAGAAGGUGAGCACAGAGUGGAGGUUCACAGUGGGGAUUGUAGAAUAUUUCUGCUUCACUAUAGGGUAUAUGUCCUUGCCCGGUAUAGCUUAUGUCAAUAGAUUUUCGUCAUGGAAAGCUAAUUACAUUUGGACAUCGAUUCCUGCGAUUGUUUACUCAAUCAUAGCUUACAUUUUUGUUACUGAGUCUCCAAGGUGGCUUCUCAUGCAAGGUAGACAGGAAGAAGCAAUAGCAAUGCUGAAAGGAGUGUCCGCAGCAGAAAACGGGGUUGAUUUAACUGCAAGUUUACUAAAAGCGCCGCCUCCCCCAAAGGCUUCAAUUUUCCAACUUUACUCAUCAAUAGCAGAGUUGUUUGAGAGAAGUUGGGCUCUAAAGCGAAUGGUGGCGAUUAUGGUGCUUGGUAUUGGCAUUGGAAUGGUGUAUUUUGGAAUGCCACUGGCUGUGGGGAACUUGGGAUUUGAUAUUUACUUGGCUGUUGUGUUCAAUGCCUUGAUGGAAUUUCCUUCUUGUGUUGCAACAUAUUUCUUGGAAAAUUGCAGGAGAAAGCCAUCUAUUCUUGUAUUCUCAGUUGCAAGUGGAGUAUGUUGUGUAAUGUGUGUUCUUGUGGGAAGUGGGCUACAAGAAGUUAAAGUUGGUCUAGCAUUGAUUUCAUUUUUCAGUGCUUGCACAGCUUAUAAUGUGUUUCUGAUAUACAUUAUAGAGUUGUUUCCUACAAGUGUGAGGAACACUACAACUUCAUUGGUGAGACAAGCUAUUGUGUUUGGUAACAUAUUCAGCCCCUUUUUGAUAUCUGCAGGGAGGAAAAAUGACUUCUUCUCUUAUGGUGUAUUUGGAAUAGUAAUAAUGGCAUCUUGUAUUACAUUGCUCGGUUUGCCGGAGACCAGAGGACAAGCUCUUUGUGAUACCAUGGAUCAACAAGAGAAAAAAGAACAUUCACCUGUGUAGAAUUGGCAACAGGGUCAGUUUAUGAUUGAUUAGGUUCUUUGUGUUUCGCUGCAUUGGCUGGUAAAGAUCAUGAUUUUGCGGUUUUGACGCGAGAACCUGAGACUUGAUUUUUGUCACGAUUAUAACUGAAGAAACUAGACCCCAUUCAGUAAUUUUUCUGUUAUUCUGUUAUGUUAGUUAACUUAGUUUUCUAGUGUAAUGUAUGGUGAAAUGUAAAAUGGGUACAUGACUGCAAGUCUGCAACUUCUUGUUAAACAGUCUCAUAAUUAGGGUGCUUCUCUUGUCUGUGUUGUUAGUUGGAAGCAGUUCUUGGGCUCAAGCAAUACCAAUGGCCCUGAGAUAGAAGAACAAUAUUCAAACUGUUGAUGGCACACUCCCAAAACCAGAUUUUUGAAAUUUUGAAUGACUUGAAAGAUAGA